AUGCACAAAAAUGGAAUUAAGCAUACUUUAGUUCCCCCUUACCACCCACAAUCGAAUGGAGCAGCAGAGAGGUCUGUCAGAGUUGUAAAAGAGUCUUUGACCAAGCAGGUGCUCGAAGGGAAAAAGGGAUUGUCCAUGAAGCACAGACUAGCUAAUUUUCUUUUGAGAUAUCGCACCACUCCGCACAGCACCACAGGGGUUACUCCUGCUGAACUUAUGGUUAAAAGACAACUAAGAACUAGGUUAAGUUUAGUCAAACCUAAUUUAGCACAGUUUGUUGAAACUAAGCAAGCUAAACAAAAGGAGCAUAAAGAUUCCAAGCUCUCUAAAGAGAGAUUGUAUGAGAUAUCAGAUAAAGUACGUGUGAGAAAUACUAGAUCUAGAUCUCAAUUUGAAAAAUGGAUUCCAGGAACUGUAGUUAAGAUUUGUGGUCCCAGGACCUAUAUUGUUAAAACAGGAUAUCGUAACAGAUAUGUCCACACUGAUCACAUGAUUAAGGCACAUGAUGACAUUUCAGACAAAGCUAUUGAGACAGAGGUCACCAUUCCUGAUUCAUGUGAACAGCCUGGUCAUGAAAAUAGAGACAAAAUACGGGCUGACGUAUCUAUUGUACCAGAUAGUGUAUCACUGUUCCCUGAACCGUCAGUACCAUCGGAUGAUAUAGUUUCAGAGACUGUAAGCACACCAAUCGUUUUGAGGAGAUCUCAGAGAAUUAGAAAAGCUGUUGAUAGGCUUGAUCUUUAA